GCAACUGACAACCCAAGCGCCAACCGUAUCUCGGACGCUGGCCUGCAAUUCUAGUGCACAGUUUCUCAUUAUCCCCGUUCCUCGCUCCUACUAGUAAGGUUCAUACAUUCCUCCUUCUGCAUUUGCACGUUGCGCAACCUUCUCUUGCUCAACCGUCAUCGGGUACCAUUUCCGGUGCGUUGCCAGGAUCGUAAGACGAACAACCCUUGGCCUGAAUUGUGCCCGAAUCCAGAAGCAAGCUGAGAGGAGAAACACAAGCCGCGACUUGUCGUAUCAGAGGAAAGGGAAAUAACCAAAAACUGGCGUCUCGAACUGUGGCAUCGGAUCACGAGUACGGAUGGAAGACACUGCCAUGAUGAAAGCAGCGGGGCAAGGCGAGUCAAGGGAGCAAACAGCUGCCACAACCACAACAGCACCUCCGCCCUCCACCGCCCAACAGCCGAAUUCAUCAGAUGGCACACGUGCCGCGGUAGCAGCCAUGCCGCAACCUCUGGCAUCGCCAGCACAUGCGACUCCAGCGGUCAAUUCCCCCAUGGAUGGCGUUGAGACAACAGCGGAACCGCGGCCAGCAAACAUUGGCACCGGCCAGCCCAGUGUCACCGAGGCCUCAAGUCUGUCGUCCCAUGUCCAGACCGCUGAAGAUGCGAACAAGCUUGCACCGUCAAUUCCAGGCCCGGACUUGUCACCGGCCGGCACGAGUCAACCGGGGGACGACAAAGCUCCAUCCCAGGCCCAUCCGGCAAAUUCGAUGCCUCCUUCUAAAACUGCAACUGUCGCAUCCCCACAACCGCCGCCGCUGUCCACACAACAGACCCUAGGAUCCUUGCAGGUUCAAGGCACGCAGCCCCCGCCACAGCCUCUCCCACCUCAACAUUCGCCGGCGGUGCCAUACUCCAACGGGGCGCCGGCGCCCGAGUCCGCAUCCGCACCCGCGCCUCCAGCUCCGGCCGCCCAUCCACAUCACGGCCUUGCGCAUCCCCAACCGGUGCAGCCGCAACCGCAGCCCGUUCCGCGAUCACAUCAGUAUCCGCAGCAUCCACUUCCCCAUCCGCCGCCGGCGCCUCUGCAGCAACAACCGCAACACACGUCGCACCCCCAGCAAUUGGCCCCACAUCCCCAAACACACGCACAAAUUCCUCCGCAGUAUCCAAGUCAACAACAACAACACCAUCAACAUCAAUACCACCAUCACCAUCCGCCGCCGGCUUCGCAGCAUCACCAUCACCAUCAACCGCCCCCCGAAGUUGCGCAUGUGACGCCCGUGACGCACGCGACACCGCUGCCGUCUUUGCAACAGCCACACGUCCCUCAGUUCCAUUCUCACCCUCAACCCCAACCCCAGUCCGUGCUUCUGUCGCAAGUGCCCCAGGCGCAUCUUCGCGCAUCGCUCUCCAAGCCCAUCAUCAUGGACCCGCCCAGUUCUCGGAAGUCGGGUCAGGCGCAACAGCAUCAACGCGGCGCCGUCGGUUUCCCCUCGCCCACCCAAGACCACGCGACCAUUAACUCCAAGUUUGUGGACGACUGCACGCGCAUGAACUAUGCCAUUCAACAGAGCUUGCCCGAGGCCGUCCGGCGCGUUGUCCGCGACCACUGGGAAAAGUGCCUGCUGGGCUCCGAGUUUCACCAGGCUUUUGUUCUUAAUGCCUCCAUCCACCACGCUCUUCCGAACAUCACCCAACGCGCGGUUAGAGAUUUCGGCAGCAAGAUGGUCUCAGAGUCAAAACAUGAACUCAUGGCGCAUUUUACCACCGAGGCGCUCGACCAAGUUGCCGAUCUUAUCAUCAGCAAGGCGAGCGACGCUUUUCUUGACAGAUGCCUCGAGAAGCGCCUUUUGACGAUUGAGGCGCAACCACUCAUCAACGCCUUGGCAAAGGCCGAGCGUCUCGGUUAUGAGGCAGGAGACAUGAUUCAGGGCGGCCAGAACGAGAGCGUCAUCCCGAAAGAGGCCUACCCGGGCGCAGCCGUGGCUGCAAAUGGCUUUCAGAGCGGCCCUGCGCAAUCUCAGCCAAGCCGGCCUCCCCUUCAGUGCAUGAAGUGCUUCCGGACCUUCACGCAUACUUCGGCAUGCGACUAUCAUGCCGUAUACGACGUCUGCAGACAAGUACCCCCAACCGCCAACGGCUUCCAGCAUUCGUGCUCCCACUGUGGUCAGGGUUUCGCCCAUGUAAACGAACUACAAGAUCACCUCAACAACAAGGUUUGCGGGAACUUCGGCCCGCCUGUCACUGUCUCCCUGACUGCCAACCGGCUCUCGAGGCCAGCGCCUGCUAUCCAACCCAGCUCAACGACUACCAUCCCUUCCGCUUCUCAGACGCCGACAGCUAAUGGUGUUCCGAGAAGACAGCCGCAGUCAACCCCGGGGCAUAGCACGACCAGGGCAGCAGGUACACCGGGCUCAACGGGUUCUGGCAUCGCGGCCGACCCUUACGGGCAUCUGAGCGAGGAGCAAAUACAGCAAAUGAAUGCGGAAUUGCGGGAGGCAGAGGAGAAGUAUGCGCCUCGGUUCGCCGAGGCGAACGCAAUCCCAGACGAGAACGCACGCAAGGCUAAGUUGGAAGGGAUCCGCAACAGCUUUGGCACCAAGCAGUCUAUGAUCCGCAAGAAAUACGGCGUCCGAUUGCGCGAGAGACGCACCAAGGCCGAAAUCAUGGCGGAGCGAGAGCGCAUGGGCCUCCAAAAAGCUGAGAAAGAGAGGGCUGCUAGGGCGGCGGCCGCUGCUUCGUCACAGGGGUUGAAUGCGAAUUCCCGCCCAGCGGGCGGCAGUGGAUGGACCACGGCCAACACUCCACAGGCUAGCUGGGACGAGCAUGAUGCAAAGCGCCGGCGGACAGACGGCAGCGGCGGCUAUCAUACGCCGUACAAGACGGUGGCAGAUGAGACGCCAACCCGCAAGCCUCUGUCGGUGUCCGAGAUUGGCAGUGGCCUUUCAGGUGCCGCCGCAACGGCCGCAAUGCACGACCCGACCCUCCCGCCUCCGUCACUGCCGACAAAGGUUUACGAACAGUCCGGCGCGCGGGUCGAGAUCCACGAGCCAGCCAGGCCAGUGGAGAGCCCCGCCACGGCCGGCGCGCGGUCCGGCUCUGCGACCCCGAGCGCUAAUGGCCAUAACCAACAUGCAACCGCCGAGCCCCGCAGAUCGUCCGAGAAGCCGCUGGUCAUUGACGACGACUCGUCCUCCUCCGACGAUGAAGAUAUUCCUUCGACACUGCCUGCCCACGUCCGAAAGAGCCUUGCGUCGGGUAACACCUCAUCGCUUUUGCAGACUAGUUAGGGGGGAGAGCACUCUUCAGCUGGCGUUGUUCGACGGAUUUCACACCUUUACUCGCUGGGAGGUCGCUGGAAAGUUGGUUGAUACGAUACCCCUUCAUCUCUGUAUCUGCUGUAUAAUCAUGCGAGCCUCCCUCUUGGCAGCCUCGGCAAUCAUGCCGCCCUUCUCGAAAGCCUCUACUUUUUUCCGAUGCGUGGUAGGUUUUAUAUACCCUAGGGUAGUUUAGAUUCCCUCGGCAUCAUCAGGUUAUCUUUCCCGGUGCCUUGACAAAUAUUUCAGCUUUGUUUUGCUUCUCGUGGAGCCUUUGGCUUUUACGGUUCGGAAGCUACGUUUUAAAAGGGGCAGUGGUAGAGUGGGUUGGGUAUGUUCUCGAGGCAUCCGAACAAUCGAAACUUAAUCACCACUUCGAUACACAUUAUGCGGUGAACCGAAGUCGCGGUCUCGUAUGGAACUACAUGGAAAUUGACUGCGGAGUAUUCCAG